AUGCAGAGGCAACGGGCAGAGGCAACGGGUAGCGUGCAGAGGCAACGACCAGAGGCAACGGGUAGCGUGCAGAGGCAGCGUGCAGAGGCAGCGUGCAGAGGCAGCAUGCAGAGGCAACGGGUAGCGUGCAGAGGCAACAUGCAGAGGCAACGUGCAGAGGCAACGGGCAGUGUGCAGAGGCAACGAGCAGAGGCAACGGGUAGCGUGCAGAGGCAGCGUGCAGAGGCAGCGUGCAGAGGCAGCAUGCAGAGGCAGCAUGCAGAGGCAGCGUGCAGAGGCAGCAUGCAGAGGCAACGGGCAGAGGCAACGGGUAGCGUGCAGAGGCAACGUGCAGAGGCAACGGGCAGCGUGCAGAGGCAGCGUGCAGAGGCAGCGUGCAGAGGCAGCAUGCAGAGGCAACGGGUAGCAUGCAGAGGCAACAUGCAGAGGCAACGGGCAGUGUGCAGAGGCAACGAGCAGAGGCAACGGGUAGCGUGCAGAGGCAGCGUGCAGAGGCAGCGUGCAGAGGCAGCAUGCAGAGGCAGCAUGCAGAGGCAACGGGUAGCGUGCAGAGGCAACAUGCAGAGGCAACGUGCAGAGGCAACGGGCAGAGGCAACGGGCAGCGUGCAGAGGCACCCUGCAGAGGCAACAUGCAGCGUGCAGAGGCAACGAGCAGAGGCAACGGGCAGCAUGCAGAGGCAGCAUGCAGAGGCAGAGUGUAG